AUGCCCUCCAACACGGCGUCCGGACUGAGCGAUGCUCCUGCCAGCUCGUCCAAAACAUCGCUCUUAUGGGCCUACCAACUCCGCCGCGAACAUGUCCACCUCGUAGACCGCAUCGACGACAUGAGCACUCAGCUCAUCUCUUCCACCAACAAAUCACAAAUCUGCGAUGACCAUCUUUCCUCUCUCGAGAGUCUCGUUAAGACCCUGCAAGCAGAGAACUGCACUCUGAAGAAUGAGGUGACUCUCGUACGCACUAAGCUUACUGCCAGUAUCGAGGAUAUCAACCAACAGAUCACUCAGAUUGUGAGUGUUAACAAUGCAGCGGAAUAUGUGACGAAGCAGCUGGAGUUAGAUAUUAGGGGUAUGGGGCAUCAGGUCACGGAGCUGUCGAAGUGUGUGUCUGAGUUGAAGGGAGAAAUUGCCAAUGUCGCCUACCAAAUAGGGGCUCUUGCUGCUCAGGAGGUGGAUGUUGAACCAACGCAGGAUAAGGCAGAGUUGGCGAAGGUUGAGUCUGGAUCAGAGCAGAUUGAAGCACGCCGAAGACGGAUUGUCACAUUGUCUUUGGGGGAGAAGAGAAGCGACCCACAACCCUCUCCUGAGCCAGAGGCAGAAAUCACAAAUGUUCCAGACAGCAUGAUUAGCCAAACAGCCCUGUCCACCCAGUCAAUCAUCUCGGAUACCAUACCCUCUCCAAACCCAUACGACCACAUCUUCCAACAAAUCCACCAGAACGGCCGCACAAUCAGCGACUACUUCGUCUUCACCUCCGAACUCCGCCCCCAACUACCUCGCCGAAAACAAGAAGGACAUAUAGUUGAAGCAUUCUUUGACGGUAUCACCGAAGACUCGGAUGGUGCUGCGUUCAAGGCUUCGUUGGAGGACUAUCUGGACAAAGCUGGGUGGAGCGAGGUCGAGGGCGAACGCUUUGGCGAGGCAGGGAGAGUCGCAAACAUAAUCUUCGAAAAUGGCUGA